UGAUGUAUAUUUUCUGGUGUCCUCCAUGCCACGUGGAUAGUUUUUUUCCCCCUCAUAAUUCCACUGGCCUGGCUGAGGAGAUUGCAAAACAACCCCCAAAAAACAUGUAUAUGUCUCAUGUCUACCUUCUCCCCUCCAGACAAUGAACAACAAUAAUCAGACUACUGUAACAGAAUUUAUCAUCAUCGGUCUGAAAAACAUUCACCAGAAUAGAAUGUUGUUUUUUACUUUACUCCUUCUCAUUUACAUUGCGAUCUUCAUGGGUAAUUGCUUCAUCAUGACUUUAGUGCCAACAAUGACUCACCUCCAUACACCUAUGUACUUCUAUCUGGGUAACCUCUCAUUAUCUGAUGUGUUGUUGACAACUAAUAUUGUACCCAACAUGCUACACAUUCUAUGGACAGAAGAAGAAGCCAUGUCAAUUGCUGGUUGCGUCUUGCAGUUCUAUAUUUUUGGUUCACUAACAGCUACAGAGUGUUUACUGUUAACAGUGAUGUCCUAUGACCGUUACCUGGCUAUAUGUAACCCACUUCGAUAUUCAUCCAAAAUGACCAGUACCCGUUGUCGUUCUCUCAUUUGUUUUUCUUGGCUUGUUGGAUUUACCCCUACUCUUCCAGUCUCUGUAAGUGUAUACAAGUUGCAGUACUGUGAUCUGAACACUAUUGACCAUUUCUUCUGUGACCUUGCCCCAUUCUUAAACCUUGCAUGCUCAGACACUACAACAGUCAAAAUGUUAGCUUUUUUGUUGUCUUUCUUGGUUACGUUCUUUCCAUUUCUACUUAUUAUAAUGUCUUAUAUCUCCAUAAUGUAUACAAUUAUUAGGAUGCGCUCUGAGAAAGGAAGACAGAAGGCCUUCUCAACAUGCAGCUCCCAUCUCGUAGUAGUGUCUUUGUACUAUGGGACACUCUUUAUUCUCUAUGGCAUACCAGCACAAAAGCAUUUAAUAGGCAUUAACAAACUGCUUUCUCUUCUGUAUACUAUUGUCACUCCUUUACUUAAUCCAGUUAUAUAUUCACUAAAAAAUCAAGAGAUCACUAAAGCGUUUGAAAAGAUUUUUAUAAUAAAAUCUGGAUUAAGGUAA